GGUGGGAUUUUGGGGGGCGCUGGUGGGCACCCCUGAAUCUGGCGGCUGCGGCCUCGUGGGGGGGAGGCUGCACGGUGACAGGGUUAGGGGGACUGUUUUAGGGGUGAAGGGCUGUGAGACUGUGCGAGGGAGUGGGGUCCCCAGCGCCCAAGCCGGAGCGAGAGACGCGGAGCCCGCGCGAGCGGCGGAGACAGGGUUCCAGAGCUACAGAUCCGGGCCCCGGCCGCCGCCAGGGGCCCCGCCCGGCCCCCCCACCCCACCCCAGCUCCCUCCUGCAGCCCAGCUCCGCCCGCAGCCGCCGCGGACCAGGCCAGCACCGCCGCCAUGAUGUGCGAGGUGAUGCCCACCAUCAGCGAGGAUGGCCGGCGGGGCUCGGCGCUGGGCCCGGACGAGGCGGGCGGCGAGCUGGAGCGCCUCAUGGUCACGAUGCUCACGGAGCGCGAGCGCCUGCUGGAGACGCUGCGCGAGGCGCAGGACGGGCUGGCGACGGCGCAGCUGCGGCUGCGCGAGCUGGGCCACGAGAAGGACUCCCUGCAGCGCCAGCUCAGCAUCGCGCUGCCCCAGGAGUUCGCGGCGCUGACGAAGGAGCUGAACUUGUGUCGAGAGCAGCUGCUGGAGCGGGAAGAAGAGAUCGCGGAGCUGAAGGCCGAACGGAACAACACGCGGCUGCUGCUGGAACACCUGGAGUGCCUGGUGUCCAGACACGAGCGGUCACUGCGCAUGACCGUGGUGAAGCGCCAGGCCCAGUCCCCGGGCGGGGUCUCCUCUGAGGUGGAGGUGCUCAAGGCUCUCAAGUCCCUCUUCGAGCACCACAAGGCCCUGGACGAGAAGGUCCGGGAGCGGCUGCGGAUGGCGCUGGAGCGGGUGGCUGUCCUAGAAGAGGAGCUGGAGAUGAGCAACCAGGAGACUCUGAACCUUCGAGAUCAGCUGGCGAGGCGCCGAUCCGGGCUGGAGGAGCCCGGCAAGGACGGGGACGGGCAGACCCUUGCCAAUGGCCUGGGCCCCGGAGGCGAAUCCAACCGGCGCUCGGCUGAGCUGGAGGAGGCCCUGGAGCGGCAGCGAGCGGAGGUGUGCCAGCUGCGGGAGCGCCUGGCGGUGCUGUGCCGCCAGAUGAGCCAGCUGGAGGAGGAGCUGGGCACCUCCCACCGCGAGCUGGGUAAGGCCGAGGAAGCCAACGUCAAGCUCCAGCGCGACCUCAAGGAGGCCUUGGCGCAGCGGGAGGACAUGGAGGAGCGGAUCACGACGCUGGAGAAGCGCUAUCUGAGCGCCCAGCGCGAGGCCACGUCUCUGCACGACGCCAACGACAAGCUGGAGAACGAGCUGGCCAGCAAGGAGUCGCUGUACAGGCAGAGCGAGGAGAAGAGCCGCCAGCUGGCAGAGUGGCUGGACGACGCCAAGCAGAAGCUGCAGCAGACGCUGCAGAAGGCCGAGACCCUGCCGGAGAUAGAGGCGCAGCUGGCCCAGCGCGUGGCGGCCCUCAACAAGGCUGAGGAGCGCCACGGGAAUUUCGAGGAGCGCCUCAGGCAGCUGGAGGCCCAGCUGGAGGAGAAGAACCAAGAACUGCAGCGGGCCAGGCAGCGGGAGAAGAUGAACGAUGACCACAAUAAGCGGCUGUCCGAGACAGUGGACAAACUGCUGAGCGAGUCCAAUGAGCGGUUACAGCUUCACCUCAAGGAGCGGAUGGGGGCGCUGGAGGAGAAGAACUCACUGAGCGAGGAGAUUGCCAACAUGAAGAAACUUCAGGACGAGCUGCUGCUUAACAAGGAGCAGCUCCUGGCCGAGAUGGAGCGAAUGCAGAUGGAGAUCGACCAGCUGCGGGGGAGGCCGCCGUCCUCCUACUCCAGGUCUCUCCCUGGCAGUGCCCUGGAGCUCCGUUAUUCCCAGGCGCCUACGCUGCCUUCUGGUGCGCACCUGGACCCCUAUGCGGCCGGCGGUGGCCGAGCAGGCAAGAGGAGCCGCUGGUCGGGGGUCAAGGAUGAGCCCUCCAAGAGACAGGAGUGGGAGCGGUCUGCCCCUGCGGGGUCCAUGCCACCCCCGUUUCCGGGGGAACUGGACGGCUCAGACGAGGAGGAGGCGGAGGGGAUGUUUGGGGCCGAGCUGCUCUCCCCCAGCGGGCAGGCUGACGUGCAGACGCUGGCCAUCAUGCUUCAGGAGCAGCUGGAAGCCAUCAACAAGGAGAUCAAGCUGAUCCAAGAGGAGAAGGAGACCACAGAACAAAGGGCAGAAGAACUGGAGAGCCGGGUAUCUGGCUCUUGCCUGGACUCGCUGGGCCGCUACCGCAGUAGCUGCUCACUGCCCCCCUCCCUCACCACCUCCACUCUCGCCAGUCCUUCCCCUCCCAGCUCCGGACACUCAACGCCCCGCCUGGCACCCCCCAGUCCUGCCCGUGAGGGCACCGACAAAGCUAAUCAUGUCCCCAAGGACGAAGCUGGGGCUCCGCGAGGAGAGGGGCCGGCCGUCCCCGGAGACACUCCGCCUCCCACUCCCCGCUCCGCCCGCCUGGAGAGGAUGACCCAGGCCUUGUCGCUGCAGGCGGGGUCUCUGGAGGACGGGGGGCCCGCCCGGGGAAGCGAGGGCGCCCAGGACCCCCUGCACAAGGCCCCCAAGAAGAAGAGCAUCAAGUCCUCCAUCGGCCGCCUCUUCGGCAAGAAGGAGAAGGGGCGGAUGGGACCCCCAGGACGGGACAGCUCCUCUCUGGCUGGAACUCCCUCCGAUGAGACGCUGGCCACGGACCCUCUGGGGCUAGCCAAGCUGGCGGGGCCGGGAGACAAGGACCGGAGAAACAAGAGGAAGCAUGAGCUGCUGGAGGAGGCCUGCCGCCAGGGCCUGCCCUUUGCCGCCUGGGAUGGCCCCACCGUGGUCUCCUGGCUGGAGCUGUGGGUAGGCAUGCCCGCGUGGUACGUGGCCGCCUGCCGGGCCAAUGUCAAGAGCGGCGCCAUCAUGGCCAACCUGUCGGACACGGAGAUCCAGCGGGAGAUCGGCAUCAGCAACCCGCUGCACCGGCUCAAGCUGCGCCUGGCCAUCCAGGAGAUGGUCUCCCUCACCUCGCCCUCCGCCCCCGCCUCCUCCCGCACGUCCACAGGGAACGUGUGGAUGACCCAUGAGGAGAUGGAGUCCCUCACCGCCACCACGAAGCCCGAGACCAAGGAGAUCAGCUGGGAGCAGAUCCUGGCGUACGGCGACAUGAACCACGAGUGGGUGGGGAAUGACUGGCUGCCCAGCCUGGGGCUGCCCCAGUACCGCAGCUACUUCAUGGAGUCGCUGGUGGACGCCCGCAUGCUGGACCACCUCAACAAGAAGGAGCUCCGCGGGCAGCUGAAGAUGGUGGACAGCUUCCACAGGGUGAGCCUGCAUUACGGGAUCAUGUGCCUGAAACGGCUCAACUACGACCGGAAAGACCUGGAGCGGCGGCGGGAGGAGAGUCAGACCCAGAUCCGGGACGUGAUGGUGUGGUCCAAUGAGCGGGUCAUGGGCUGGGUGUCCGGCCUGGGGCUGAAGGAAUUCGCCACGAACCUCACGGAGAGCGGGGUGCACGGGGCGCUGCUGGCCCUGGACGAGACCUUCGACUACUCGGACCUGGCCCUGCUCCUGCAGAUCCCCACGCAGAACGCGCAGGCCCGGCAGCUCCUGGAAAAGGAGUUCAGUAACCUCAUCUCCCUGGGCACGGACCGGCGGCUGGACGAGGACAGCGCCAAGUCCUUCAGCCGCUCGCCGUCCUGGCGGAAGAUGUUCCGGGAGAAGGACCUCCGAGGCGUGAGCCCCGACUCCGCGGAGAUGCUGCCCCCCAACUUCCGCUCGGCCGCGGCGGGGGCCCUGGGCUCGCCCGGGCUCCCCCUUCGCAAGCUGCAGUCGGAAGGCCCGCCCUCCGGGAACUCCCGGGCGGACGGCGUGUCGGUGCGGACCUACUCCUGCUAGUGCGGGCCGCCAGGUGAGGACCCCGGGGCGGUCCGGGUCCGGGGCGGCGCCGUGGAUCCUCGCGGAAGGUGACCUCGCCCGGACGCAGCGCCUCCCAGAGGCCGGGCCGCCCCCUCCGCCCGGGCGGCCUCGCCGCUGGGAGCGCGCCCGGAGCUGCGCCGCGGACCGGACCAUCCGCACAGCCGGCGGGGGCGCGUCCCCCCCACAUGGACUGGCCCGGACCGAACCACAUGGACUGGACCGAGAGGGGGACGGAGAGGGCGGGAAGAGUCCCGCCCCACACCCCCAGCUCCCGGCCCCCACUUUGUAAUUUAUUGAUCAGUUUCCGACGGGAGGCGGGUGCCCGUUCCCCCGGGAGGGGGCGGGGCUGUCCUCCCGGGGCCG